AUGCGUUUCUUUGUUCUCAUUGCCGCGUUUUGCGCCCCCUCGGCCCUUUCAUUCCCUUGGUUGGCACCGGAGGGAUUAGAUGCACUGCUCAACCACCCGGAAGCGCGUGUAGAGAUUGACCGACGCUUGAAAGAGUACCAAGUCAGUCGAGAAGAGAAGAGACAUGAGCCCCGACAGCUCAAGACUGGCGCCGUGGGUGGCGUUGUGUCCUUGCUUGGAGGCACCGUUGAAGCUGUCGUUGACAAUGUCCUGGGCCUGAUUCCUACCAACAAAGCCGUCAAGGGUCUGCAGAAGUUCCCUGAAGCCUCUCACCCGUUCAAAGCACCUGGAAAAACUGACCAGCGAGGCCCUUGCCCUGGUCUCAACACUUUGGCCAACCACGGAUAUAUCCCCCGAAACGGUAUCGCUACGAUCGGCCAGAUCCAAGCUGGUACUGCGAAGCUCUUCAAUAUGGGUGCAGAUCUUUCCGCUCUCUUGGCUGUUGGUGGUGCUGUCGACGGUGGCGAUAUUCUGUCUCAGAAGAUGAGCAUCGGGGGCCCCGAUGACCGUGUCGGCCUUCUAAAUGGCGCCCUGAGCAAGAUCUUUGGCAAGCCAUCUGGUAUCGCUGGACAUGGAAAGUUCAACGAAGGCGACGCGUCUGCUACACGUGAGGAUUUCUACCUCGACGGAGAUAACAUAUCAUUCAAGCCCGAGCUCUUCAAGCAGAUGCACCAGCAGGCUCUUGCCAAGGGUGAUGGCACUUACAACGUCGAUGCGAUCAAGGAGCACUUCAAGAACAGAUACAGAGAUUCCAAGGCUGCCAACAAGCAGUUUUACUUCAAUCUUCCAAGUGCCGCAGUUGUCAUGGGCGCAUACUAUUUCGUCCCUGGUUUCUUCUCAAACGGCACCAUUGGUGCGGGCGGUAUUGCCAAUGAAGCUUCCAUCACCUCUUUCUACGGCGCCAAGCCGAAGCGCAAGAACGCUUGGAAGGAUAAAGAUCUUGAGUACACCCAUGUUCCUGAGCGCAUUCCGGAGCAAGGCUGGUACCGACGUGCGACACCCAUGACUAUCCCUGAGGCAGUUGGCGGCAUUCUUGAUGUGUAUCUCUACGCUCAGCCAGCCUUGGGAGGAUCUGGUGCUGACGGUAGCUGGGUUGUUGGUCCACUGGACUUGCCCAAAGACCCUCAAGGCUUGAGCUGCUUCCUGUAUAAUGCAAUCUUCGCUAACUUCCCGGCUGAGCUCUUCAACUCCGUGAGGCUCUUGCAGUCCAUUGUCAAUGGUGUCUCGGACGCUCUUGUUCCAGGGUACAAGGCUCUCGGCUGCAAGGUUAAUUUCCCUGAUGCCAAGGGAUCGUCGGCGAGUAAGAAGUUCGCCACGUACGAAAAGAAGUACGUUGGUCCUGCCAAGACAAAGGCUGUAGGCAGUGGAUGGUAUCAGAAGUGA